AGAGAAAGAAUCAGUGAAACUUCAACGAAUGGACUCGGCAGAGAGAAACAAGAAUGGAGAGAAGCGGGAGCCAGUUUCAAGAAAAGAAAGAGAAACAGAAGAAGAAGAAGAGGUGGAAUGCAGAAGAGAGGAAGAGCAGCAGGUGAAAACAGCCAAUGGGAAGCUGCGAGGGGAAGGUGGAGCAAAAAAGGGCCAAAAUGGAGACCUCGGGGGAUGAACCCAAGAAGACGGUCAAUGGACGGAAGGAAGGAGCUGGUAAGGAGCAGGAGACGUCAUCCUUGUCCGUAGCAGAAGGCUGGGAAAGCGGAAAGGAAGGGAAGCAGGGGGAAAAGGGAGGAAAGACAGUGGAAAGGAAGGAAGUGGAAGCAAAUGGCUUUGCAAAAGGGGGCAAGAGAAAGCAGGAGGAAGACGAGGAGGAGGAGGACUAUGAUGCUGACACAGAUGUAGAUGAGGACAAAAGAAGUAUCUGCAACCUCCCGAUACCUCAGCCCUGCCCCUCCCCUGCCUGGACGACCACUUCUCUGGCAAGACGUUCUUCAUCUACGGCAGGAUGGAUGAACACACCAAGAAGAUGGUUCGCAGAUAUAUCAUACGCUUUCAAUGGGACGCUGGAGGAGUACAUGACUGGAGAAGUGCAGUAG